CCCACAGCAUCGCUAAAACAGUGGCGCCAUCAGCCGCCGUCUCUCUCUGGACAAAUCCUCGAAACCAAACCAAAACCUUCUCUCCCCAACGUUCCUCUGACUCUUGACUUCCAUUUUUUCCACAAUGAAGGCUUCAACCAUUCCCAACAGCCACCGCUUCCUCCCCGGCGCUGCCGCCGCCUUCCGCCGCCUCCCCCUUCCCACCUUCACCACCGUCCGCAUGUCUCUCCGCGAAGACGCUCCGUCCCUCGCCGUCGUCGGCGUCACAGGCGCCGUCGGCCAGGAGUUCCUCUCCGUCCUCUCCGAUCGCUCCUUCCCUUACCGCUCCAUCAAAAUGCUCGCGUCCAAGCGCUCCGCCGGCAAACGCAUCACCUUCGAGGACCAAGACUACGUCGUAGAAGAGUUGACGGCGGAGAGCUUCCGCGGCGUCGACAUUGCGCUGUUCAGCGCGGGCGGCUCGAUCAGCAAGCAGUUCGGGCCGCUUGCGGUGGAGUCCGGAGCCAUUGUUGUGGAUAACAGCUCGGCUUUUCGGAUGGACCAGAAGGUGCCGCUAGUGAUUCCGGAGGUGAAUCCCGAGGCAAUGGCGCAUAUUAAGCUUGGUUCUGUAAAGGGGGCUUUGAUUGCGAACCCUAAUUGUUCGACUAUUAUUUGCUUGAUGGCUGCAACGCCUCUUCAUCGGCGUGCAAAGGUGUUGCGGAUGGUUGUUAGUACAUACCAGGCAGCUAGUGGUGCUGGUGCUGCUGCAAUGGAGGAGCUUGAACUGCAGACUCGUGAGGUCCUUGAUGGAAAGCAGCCAACUUGCAAAAUCUUUAAGCAACAGUACGCUUUUAAUCUCUUCUCACAUAAUGCACCUGUCAUGUCAAAUGGCUACAAUGAAGAAGAGAUGAAAUUAAUAAAAGAGACAAGAAAAAUCUGGAAUGACAUGAACGUCAAAGUAACUGCCACAUGCAUAAGAGUUCCAGUUAUGCGUGCGCAUGCAGAGAGUGUAAAUCUCCAAUUUGAGAAUCCCCUUGGCGAGGACACAGCAAGGGAUAUUCUGAAGAAUGCUCCUGGUGUAUUGGUCAUUGAUGACCGGGCGGCUAAUCACUUCCCUACCCCCUUGGAAGUGUCAAACAAAGAUGAUGUUGCAGUCGGCAGAAUACGCCGUGAUGUGUCCCAAGAAGGGAACUAUGGGCUGGACAUCUUUGUUUGUGGUGAUCAAAUAAGGAAGGGAGCUGCUCUCAAUGCUGUUCAGAUUGCAGAGAUGUUGCUGUAGAAUUCGGUAUGAGGUUUGAUUCCCCCAGCAUGUUGUGUGAAAAAGAAACAAUUUAUUUGG